AGGCGAUAGGAUGUGCGGGCCUGAGUGAGCACACCGGAUCGAGGUGGGACCUUACCUACCGAACUAAUCAACGGUGUCCAGUGUCAUUCAGAGACAUGAUGAGUCAUCCCUGUGUGUCUCUUUUGGCUCCACCUGCUCCCCAAGGUCUUGCCCUUCCCCAGGACGGAGCCCCGGGAAACCAGGUCCUGGCAGUCCCUCUUGAGAUGCCGGAGGCCCAGGCUUUGGUACCAUCUGAUGAUGUGUGGAACCUGACAAAAAGGGAAUGGUUGAGCCUGGACCCUGAACAGAAGACACUGGCAUAUUAUGGGAACAUGACUUCUGUGGGAGUUCCUGCUUUGAACCCUACCUUGGUCUCGCACCUGGCCCAAGGACAAGUGCUGUUGGUAUCAGACCCAUCCCUCAGUACAGAUCAAGCUAAGCACCUGGAAAGCACUUCUAUGACCCACCACCAGACAAUGGAUAUAGAAGUCCAGCCUCAGGAGAUGGCUUCCACGAGCUCCCUAAGGGCCAGUGACCCAAAUGCUGAGGUCAAACAGAAUGGGAACACUGACGGGAGGGAAGGGAACCUACAGAAUCUGCCCAUAGAACACCAUUUUGCAUGUAAAGAGUGUGGGGACACCUUUCGCCUUAAAGUGCUCCUUGUCCAGCACCAGAGGGUUCACAGUGAGGAGAAGGGCUGGGAGUGUGGCGAUUGCAGGAAGGUCUUCAGGGGGGUGUCAGAGUUUAAUGAGCACAGGAAGAGCCACACGGCCGCGGAGCCCAAGCCCGGCCCUAGUCAGGCCCUGGAUGAUGGCGUAGAGAAGAGGGAGCAAAUGGAGAGGGAGGCGAAGCCCUUUGAGUGCGAGGAGUGCGGGAAAAGGUUCAAGAAGAAUGCGGGUCUCAGUCAGCACCUGAGGGUGCACAGCAGAGAGAAGCCCUUCGACUGUGAGGAGUGCGGGCGGUCCUUCAAAGCCAACACCCAUCUCUUCCGACAUCAGAAGCUUCACACUUCAGAGAAGCCCUUCGCGUGCAAGUCGUGCAGCAGAGAUUUCCUGGAUCGCCAGGAACUGCUCAAGCACCAGCGGAUACACACGGGCCACCUGCCCUUCGACUGCGACGACUGUGGAAAGUCCUUCCGUGGAGUCAAUGGCCUGGCAGAACACCAGCGCAUCCACAGCGGUGCCAAGCCGUACGGGUGUCCGCACUGCGGCAAGCUCUUCCGGCGUAGUUCGGAACUCACCAAGCACCGGCGGAUCCACACUGGUGAGAAGCCCUACGAGUGCGGCCAGUGCGGCAAGGCCUUCCGUCAGAGCUCCAGCCUGCUGGAGCACGCGCGUAUCCACAGCGGCGAGCGGCCUUACGCCUGUGGCGAGUGCGGCAAGGCGUUCCGCGGACCCUCCGACCUCAUCAAGCACCGGCGCAUCCACAGCGGACUGAAACCCUAUGAGUGCGACAAGUGUGGCAAGGCCUUCCGCAGGAGCUCUGGCCUGAGUCGCCACCGGCGGAUCCACAGUGGGGCGAGACGCUGCGAGUGCAGCGAGUGUGGCCGCGUGUUCAAGAGGCGCUCAGCGCUGCAGAAGCAUCAGCCCACCCACCGCGAGUAA